AUGACAGGACGAGGCAAAGGAGGAAAAGGUCUGGGAAAAGGAGGCGCGAAACGUCAUCGUAAAGUGCUCCGUGAUAACAUCUGUAGUACCAAGCAUCCAGGCUUAUUACACAUCCAGGGAAUCACCAAGCCCGCCAUCCGUCGGUUGGCCCGCCGAGGCGGUGUCAAACGUAUUUCCGGUUUGAUCUACGAAGAGACCCGUGGAGUCCUGAAGGUAUUCCUGGAAAACGUGAUCCGUGACGCAGUCACGUACACCGAGCACGCCAAGAGGAAGACCGUCACCGCCAUGGACGUCGUGUACGCUCUCAAACGACAAGGCCGUACUCUGUAUGGUUUCGGAGGUUAA